AUGAGCAACAACAGCUUCCUUAGACCUUCUACAUUCCUUCUAACAGGAAUCCCAGGAAUGGAAGGUGGGAACAUGUGGAUUGCUAUCCCUUUCUGCUCCAUGUACAUUAUUUCCAUCCUAGGAAAUAGCAUGGUCCUCUUUGUCAUCAAGGCUGACCACAACCUCCACAAGCCCAUGUACCUCUUCCUGUCCAUGUUGGCUGUCACAGAGCUUGGUGUAUCUCUGUCUACGCUCCCCACGGUGGUGAGUGUGCUGCUCUUUGACUCACGGGAGAUCAGAUUUGAAGUCUGCCUCACUCAGAUGUUCUUUAUUCACUGCUUUUCCAUCAUGGACUCAGGGGUGCUGUGGGCCAUGGCCUUCGACCGCUUCAUGGCCAUCUACAACCCCCUGCAAUAUGCGUCUGUCCUGACCAACCCACGGACAGGCCUCAUUGGGCUGGGGCUCACAGUGAGGAGUGUUAGCCUCUUGAUCCCCUUGCCAAUACUUCUGAUGAGGCUGCCAUUCUGCAGAUCCCAUGUGCUCGCUCACUCCUUCUGUCUGCACCCCAACUUAAUCCAGCUGCCGUGUGCGGAUAUCAAGGUGAACAGCAUGUACGGCUUAUUUGUCCUGCUGGCUACAUUUGGGCUAGACUCACCGUCUAUUGUCCUGUCUUAUGUCAUGAUCAUUAAGACUGUGCUGAGUAUUGCAUCCAAGGAAGAGCGCCUCAAGGCCCUGAACACUUGCGUCUCUCAUGUCUGUGCUGUCCUGAUUUAUUAUGUCCCGAUAAUUGGCUUAUCCAUGGUGUACAGGUUUGGGAAACAUGCGUCUCCUCUGAUUCACGCCUUCAUGGCCAACACCUACCUUCUUGUACCCCCUGUGUUAAAUCCAAUUAUUUACAGUGUAAAAACUAAACAGAUCCGCAGAGGUAUAUGCAAACUACUAACUCCAAAAUUGCACUGA